AUGACCGGUGGUAGUACACAGAUAUCAGAGGAGUUCACAGAAGUCAGCUUGAUAUAUCGUCAACAUUAUGAAAAUUGGAUAUUAUGGAGGAAUUCCAUUCUAUUUCUAUUACUACUUUGUACUGGAAUAUUUAUAUCAAUUGAUUUAUAUAAUAUAUCUGAUAAAAAGUUUAAUAAUUUCCACUGGAAUAAUCAUCCACACUUUGGUCGUCAACAUUCUCAAAUAUUGAAUUCAUUGAAUAUCAUUAGAGAUUUAGUAACGGCAAGUGACUACUAUAUAACUACUACUGAAAAGGUGUCAAGUAGUAUAAGCAGCAGUAGUAGAAGUAGUAGUAGUAGUAGUACAAGUUCUCUUAUGAAUGAUGAAUCUGGUGACAAUAAUAAUAACAGUGAUCGGGAUUUAUAUGCAAAUGAGGGAAAAUUGAAUAGGACUGCUAUGAAACAUCAUUAUUCUAAUAAUAAUAAUAAUUUAUUUAGACGGAAUGUUCAGUUACAACGUUUGACUAAAUCAUGCCUUAAUAUGGAAUCUAUUGAUUGGAAUAUGAUACUGCGGAGAGAUAAAACAUAUUAUCGUUAUGAAUUUGACCGUCUUUUUAUCAUUUUAAAGUACAAUUUGAUUUGA